AUGGUGUGCGAGGGAAGGGAAGUGGAGCAGAAGUUCCGAGCGCACAAUGGGGAAGCAACAGCCUUGGGGCACACGAGGGCGGCCAUUCCCCCAACCAACCCGCAGAAGAGAUCCGAGGGCGCGCCGGCAACCCGCUCCCCGCCCGACGCCCGCCCGACGCCCGCCCGACGCCCGCCCGACACCCGCCCGACGCCCGCCCGACGCCCGCCCGACGCCCGCCCGACGCCCGCCCGACGCCCGCCCGACGCCCGCCCGACGCCCUCCCGACGCCCGCCCGACGCUCCCCCCGACGCCCCCCCGACGCCCGCCCGACGCCCGCCCGACGCCCGCCCGACGCCCGCCCGACGCCCGCCCGACGCCCUCCCGACGCCCGCCCGACGCUCCCCCCGACGCCCCCCCGACGCCCGCCCGACGCCCAUCCGUCUGCCACAAACACUUAGCUCUCGGAUAACACCCAAAGGACUCGAGGAGACCCAGAUGGAGGCGCUGGAGACACUAGGAGAGAGAAUACUUUUACUGAAGCGUAAUGACGUCAUCGAGACUGAAGAUCACUUGUUGCAGGCCCAAGAUGCUUCCCUCUGCACACAAGAGACCUGCACCUUCCAUGACCGCUGA